ACAAAGAGGGAGAGAAAGAGAGCAUCAACACUCUGCUGCACACUCCCUCUAACACUCAUUUCAUUGUCCCAAAGCCUGGAAAGAGGGAUUUACCGGAUACUUCUUCUCCUCUCUGAAACCUCAUUUAGAAUAACGGAUUUGCUCUUUUGUUGCCUUUAAACCGGCUGAUUAUCAUAAUCAUGAACCGGUAGUCUGCGCGUGGAUCUGCACCGGCUUUGACUGAGCGACACCUGCUCUCUCUCUCUCUCUCACACACACACAUACACACACACUCUCCCCUUUCCUCUGUCUUUUGUCUCUGACAUCUCUGCAGCCCACAGCCAGCAGCGCUGAGGAGGAGGAAGAGGAGAAGGAGGAGGAGGAGCGGGGUGUACCUGACACCUACAGCCGCGCGUCGCAGAUCCAUUCUCCCGCAGAAACACCCAGGACUCGCCCGCCGCGGGUGCCUCCGUCUCUGGCGCGUUACUUCACGGGAGCUCUGUGCAGUUUGACCGGGGGAAACACUGCUUCUGCUGACACGCUGAAAACUCCUGAAAAUCAAAAGAUAGCAACAAAAAACUGAAGACAGGGAUCUUCCAAGAACUCUUGCUUGAUUCACUCGGAUCAGAAAUCUUUAGGAUUUUCUGACAGACUGUGAGAGGAAAAAGAGGACUACACUUCAGAAGAUGCGUCUCCCGGUGCUUCUCUGUGUGUUGGCGUGUCUCUCUGCAGCACCGGGCCCGGUGGCCGGGGCGGACAGGAGCUGCACCGACCUGCGGCAGUUCUACACCGGCAAAGGGUUCACUCUGGCAGGGGUGCCCCAGACUGAGAUCUCCGGUGAACAUCUGAGGAUGUGUCCUCAGGGUCCAACCUGUUGUACCAGCGCCAUGGAGGAGAACCUGGGCAGUCUGAGCACACAAGAGACCGAGGGACUGAUCAGAGAGGCUGGCAGAUCGCUGCAGUCUGCCUUCAACGCUCUCCACAGGAGCUUCGACACUUAUUUCACUGAGCUGCACAGUCGCUCUGAGCGCUCUCUUCAGGAGGCGCUGUCUCCACUCGGGCCCCUGUACUCCCAGAACACUCGCCUCUACGGAGAUCUGUACGUCGACCUGCGACAGUACUACCGGGGCUCCGCUCUCAACCUGGACGAGACCCUGUCUGAGUUCUGGUCCCGCCUCCUGGAGCGCACCUUUAAAAUCUCUGCCCCCACAGAUGUCAACCUGUCAGAAGACUACCUUGAAUGUGUUGCCAAGCAACAAGAGACGCUGCGGCCAUUUGGAGACGUCCCACGGGACAUGAAGGUGAAGCUGAUCCGGGCUUUUGUCACAGCCAGGUCGUUUGUCCAGGGGCUGAUAGUCAGCGCAGAUGUGGUCAGGAAGGUCUCACAGGUUCAUCUGAGUCCAGAGUGUACCAAAGCCCUGAUGAAGCUGGUUUACUGCCCCCACUGUCGCGGCAUAGCCUCUGUCAAACCCUGCUCCAACUACUGUUCCAACGUGAUGAAGGGCUGCCUGGCUAACCAAGCUGACCUGGACCCCGAGUGGCAGAACCUUAUAGACACCAUGAUCCAGGUGGCCUCUAGUUUCAGCACGGAGCCCAGUCUCGAUGUGGUCCUCUCUUCCAUCCCUGCUCGGAUCUACGAGGCUGUUCACUACCUGCAGGAAAACAUGGACACUUUCACAGCAAAAGUGUACCAGACAUGUGGAACUCCAGGUGAACCAGGAACAGGAAGUCCGACCCUUAAUGAGCAGAGGAAGAAGAGCGGCUCCCUGACUGCAUCAGAGUACAAACCCUCUCCAACCGCUGGGCUCAGACUGGAGAUGCAGGUGUCAGAUCUGUCCAGUAAGCUGAGGGAGAUGCGGCAGUACUGGGUCCAGCUCCCUGUGGCACUUUGCAGCAAAUUGGCAGCAGGAGGCGCCGGUCAGGAUAAAUGCUGGAACGGCAUGACUAAAGCCAGGUACCUUCCAGAGGUGAUGGGUGACGGCUUGGCCAAUCAGAUUAACAACCCUGAGGUGGAGCUUGACAUCACAAAGCCAGACAUGACUAUCCGGCAGCAGAUCAUGCAACUCAAAAUCAUGAGCAACAGGCUGAAAAACGCACUGGAUGGCAAUGAUGUGGACUUCCAGGAUGCAAGCGAUGACAUCAGCGGCUCAGGAAGCGGGAUGUGCGUGAGUGGUCAUUGUUCUCGGAACAGACCAGGAUUGUAUGCCUACUCGCCAGACAACAACCGAGUCAGAGGCGCAGCCGCGUCUCGAACCCGCCUCUGUGGCUUCCUACUCCUGUUCCCACCGGUCAUCCUGCUGCUUCAGCGAUGAUGGACCGCCAUCGACUCAAAUCAGACUCUGAGGUCUAGAGGAGGGCUGAACCAUGGGAUGGACAAAAAGGGGUUUGCUUGGGGGAGAAAGAUUGGAACGUAAUCUUGCCAAAAAAUGAAAAAGACAUUUGGGGAAAUGAAUGGACGACGUUUUUCUUUAACUGAGAAGAGCAAAAAUUGACAGUGACAAUAUUCUUUAUUUAGUUUUGCUCAAUUAUAAUGUCUUAGUUUGGGUGUGAUUCAGUUUGUUGAGCUGGUUUCAAUGGAUUGUUGGAAGAAGACCGAGAUGUGAAAGGUGAAGAUGACAAAGAGAGUGAUGGCUGUUGAUGAUGAAGAUGAUGGGGAUAUUGAUAAUGGUUUACUGACACUCCAUCAGGUCUAUUUAGCUCCAGUUUCCAGUCAGCAGGCGGCAGAUCAGCGAAAAAAAUGUUUAGUGCCCUGAUAUGUGGUGCGUUCAACAAGGCUUUUUUUAAUUUGAUUUUUUUUUUUUUAACUCAAGGUUGUCUACCUUAACAAACAUUGUGUAAGUUGUAAAUGUUUGUGUACAUUAGCUAAAAGUCUGGCACCAUAUUGAGCCAUGAAUGUACAGUAUAAUACUAUAAUGGCAAUGAAUUCCCCCAUAAUCUGUGAUGUAGUCGUCCAGACGUUUUGGCGUGUGUUGGCAUAAAUGGAUACAUUCAGUAGGAUUUGUUUGACAUGUUGCAGAUAAAUUAUCACACUCCUGAAAUGUAUGAGAUGUGAUUGCAAGAUUUUACCUCACUUUUAGUGUUUUCCCAACCAUUUUCAGGAAAAAAGGGAUGCAAUACUUUAACAACUCAUCACCCUUGAAUUGAAAACAAGCACCGACAAGCCGUUUCCUUAGGUCCUGUUAGUUUUCUCCUGCAAUGAAGAUGGAAAUCUGCACAUUAUUCUGACACGUCUGGUUACAAUAACCACAAAAAUCCCCACAAAGAACAUUUCAUGAUGCAGUAAUGCAAGAGAGGACUCCUUGUUGAAUGCACACGUGCGUUAUGUAACUUAAAAUGAAGUCUUAGAAGCAACGCAGUGGCAGAUAUAAAGUAGGUAAAAACCAAAGCACUUAUGAAACUUAACACUUUUUUACAUUUUUUGACAGCAGAUGUUGCCCCAACUAUGUUGGACAUUUGUGACAACCCUCUCACCAGGUUUUGUAACUGCAUUAUGUUAAAGAAAAAAAAAAGCAUCACUAAGAAAACAAAAGGUUUUUGUACAUACAGUUCAGGAUGUGUGCAGAAUAUUGACAACAUGUAUACGUUUGCCUGGUGAUGCAUAAUUUACUCGGCAUGCCUUUCCUUCAGUCUACACUACUACUCUGGUACAUAUGGGAUUCCUGAUUCACACAAGUCUCUUGCACAUACACACAUUUUACACACACUGGGGUUGUGUAUUAAGCUGAUUUUUGUCCAUAAGUGUAUUUAAUGACACGUUUCAUUCAUUAAACUCUGUCUG